AUGAUUGCAUGUACCGAAGAAGUGGUCGAAUUGACGUGGAAUAGGGGCUUGGUAAUAGAACCAACACCCUCGAGGGCCGUCAAAGCAAUGGCACCGCCAACAUUUACUCCACUGCGUUUCGAGCCCUGCGCUUCAACAGCAUCGUUUUUCCUAUAUGCCCAAGGAUCGACGGUUUUAUGCCUCCAUCAUGACACAUUGGCAAUUGAACGCAGAUUCCAAAGCCACCGGGAAGAAAUCGAGUUUAUCUCAGUGGAUAAUGUUAGUGAUCGGGGUGCGGGGAGAUUCGCUGUCAGUUACGACGCAGGGAAAACGGCCAUUGUUUGGGACAUAUUGAACGGAACCGAAAUUGCUCGAUUCACUUCAGGCGAAAGCCUGCGGAUAGCUACAUGGAUGCGCAAUGGCAAUAUUGCAUUUGGCAAUGCCCAGGGCGAAGUAAUCUUGUUCGAACCAAAUGAAUCAGACCAUAUUUCUGUGCGCACAAUUUUCGACCCGAUCACAGCUCUUGCUCCUGCUGCAGAUAAUCGCACUUUUGCAAUUGGGUACCAAAAUGGAUCUAUAUUGAUUGCUACUCUCUCUCCCCAGUUUCAAUUUACUAUUCUUCACACUUUACCCACUUCUCGUGAACCGUCCCCAAUAAUCUCCCUUGCAUGGCACGCAUCCUCAUCGAAGCAGAAAUCAGAUAUGCUAGCAACACAAUCAUCAAAUGGAGAUUUACGAGUUUGGAGUGUGGCAAAGCCUCCAGGGAAGGAGUCACCUCGUGUUAUUAGGGUAUUGAAACGUUCGGAUUCGAAUUUAUCUGAUCCGAAAUGGAUGGGAUGGUCUAAGAACGGAAGGCUGGUACAAUAUUUGGAUGGGGAAACAUGGGCAUGGGAUGUUCGGACAAAGCACGUUACCUGCGAGCCAAUUCCAACGAUAAACGGCGUGCGAGGAAUUGCAAACUAUGGCUCUACAGCGACUUUAUUCACACUCGGUCCUCAGAACUCAGUGCAGCAGUAUGAUGUGGACAAACCAGAAAUGGUCGCAAAUGUGCAACAUCUUCCAGUUACUCCUCGACCUGACACAGCAGAAGGCAGUCGAUCACGGAAAAUUUCCCCGCGGCACUUACAAACUGCUCCUCAUAUUAGCGAAAAAUCGAGCAGUGGUAGAAGCACGCCAUUUGACCCAACCAGAAUUGACAACAUCCGGCAAGAGAAGACCAUAAAUAGCCCUGCUUCAUCGAGAAGUCGAACAGAAUCGGGCAGCUCGAAGGCCUCAUCUGGGAAGUAUGAAGAGGGGCGAAUUCCGCCGCAAAAUCAUGAUAGUCAGAGUGCAACUACAUUUUCCAUAACAUCGGCUGGUCUGGACACACCACAGGCCUCUGCUUCUUUUGCUUACCCACCUUCCGUUUCAAUCCCAUCUGUCAGAAGCUCAAGGGCCGCAUCACGAUUGCGAAAUGAGGUUCAUCUUAGUCCAGCCGAGAAGAACGUUGUGGAUCUUUUCCCAUUUACCCGUGCUCGCUUGAACGACGUGCCCUACAAACAGCAACCAUCCAUGAACGAAGCCAGUCUUACAUCUGAUGAUCUACGACGGCGGAUGUUGAGCGUGGUCUUUGACUGGGAUGGAAAUAUCGAAGAUCUCAUCACGGACGAACUGAGCCGCCACGCUGAAGGCAGUCAAAGCGCAAUUCUCCUAACACAAUGGCUUGGUGAGAUAGAUAGUGAUGAAACGGCCUCUAUGAUCGGCCCUGGACAGGUAACGACAUCGGACUGGAUGAUUCUUGCAUUAAGUCAGAUGAGUGGCCAAGCCCAGGCGAACAAGGUUGGACAGGCAUUUGUGCAAAAGCUGCUUGAGAUCGGAGACAUACAUACCUCUGCCGCUAUUUUGCUCGGCCUCGGGGACAUCAAUGAUGCAAUUGAGGUCUACGUGUCUCGAAACCACUUCAUGGAGGCUAUACUGAUGAUAUGUCUUUUUUUCCCGUCUGAUUGGCAACGCCUGUCACAUCUUGUUCGUCGUUGGGGGGAGCAUGUUGUCACACAUUCUCAAAAGCAGCUUGCGAUUCGCUGUUUCAUGUGCACCGGGGAGGAGCCAUCCGAGCCAUGGGCCUCCCCAUCUGCCCAGCGAACAACUUUUGCGGAUCAAACUAACGAUUCAAAUGCGAGGUUUCCGCCAACUCAGCGGAGGUCUCCAUCCAGUCAGAAGAUUAAGACGCCAACUUUGAAAGUGAUUACUUCCUUCAAUGACCAACCUAAGCUCGAUGAUCGCACACCAACAAACGCAAUGGGAGUCACGCCAAUUGCAGAUUCCGCUCACCCUACAUCUGCUUACCCUACCACGACUUUAUCUCCAGGCGGCUUUGGAUCAUAUAAAUCGAAUAACAUUCAAAGUCUGAACCAUGCAAUGUCACGACCCAACCGCCGUCGUCUGCCUUCAAUAGGAGAAACACCAGUGGAUGUGCAACCUCCCAUUUUCUCAAGGAAGUAUUCUGACAAUCGAAAUGAGUACAAUCAAAAUGAGUACAGCUCAACUUCUGAGGCUGAAAUGAGUGGGCAAGAUUACAGUCAAGAUGAAAAGGAGGACUACACCGGUCUCACUUUACCACCUGUGACACACAAUCCGUACACUCCCCAAACUGCUUUCCGAGAAAAACCCACCAAAGGACUUCCCUCGCCGGCUGCCGGUGUGUUUGAGGCUCUCACAAACGAUGACCACCGCAAUGGAUCCCGCGACCGAAAGCCAGAUGGUCUUCAACUCGAAUUAUUGGAGGGUCAGCAAGAGCACCAGGGUCACUCAGAUCUAAUCCCUAGCGCCAAAAGCAUCGCUUCAACAAUCAACAGUUACUCAUCGACCAGGAGCCCAAGUGUCAGUGGGCGAAGUAUCGAUCAAUAUAUCAGUAGCUUAGACGAAGCAAAUUAUCAUGCGCGGAAGUUACGUCCCGUUACCCCCGGCCGUGGAAGAAGAACCCCCACCUCUGAGGACAGAGCUGGAAAGAGUUCACGUAUCCAGCACCAAUCGCGUUCAGGGUCUCAGGGUGCUCGGGGUAGGAACGACCGUCGAUAUAUCCAACCCGCGAAGCGCUCCCCUUCUUCGCCGGUUCCGAUGUCUAUGACACACGAAGAGCUAGCUCGAUAUGGCACUGCAGAACUUGAGAAGCCGAUCGAGUCAAGCAACUCCAAGUCACGCACUAGAAGUUCAAGCAAGAUGAGAAGGCCAGAAUCCAGGAGCCGCCAGCGCUCUUCUAGUCGCCAAACAGCAAGCCGUGUUCCCAUGGAAACACGCGAUGCCUCGAUUCGGGGCCGCAGCGAUGAGAGACAACAUCCCGGUGCUCGGUCACCUUCAUCACCCCUUCCCAUGUCACUUCCCAUGACCCUCCCCACGGACGAAUCCUCUCGGGAUGUCAAUAAUCCUUUGAGACUUGUCGAGGGUAACCAAAAGAGAUUGCGAUCUCGCCACCGUAGUGCCAGUCGACGAGGCGUCGAGAGGGCCACAAGUACAAGAAGAGAAAUGUCUCCUGAAUCCAGACACAAACCAUCGAAGAGUCUUUCUGUGAUUCAGCCAGGGAGUUCGGCAGAUUCAUGGUCACAGAAACCAGAACCAGAGCGGUUGAGCAGCAAGGUCUUCGGUCAAGGAGACAGUUCUGAUGCAUUCUCCAAUGGACAGCCAAGCUCAAGCGCCAGUUAUUUCCAUGACAUCCUAUCCCCAACAGUCUCGGUUAUCAGCCUUGCAGAAACAAGGCGAAGAGAGUUUGCCGCGGCGGAACUGGAAGCCAGGAGAUUGUCUCUUGCGCGCAAACAAUCUUCACCGAACAUUCCUUUCCCGGGUCAAGAAGCGCAGGGCAUGGGUGAAAGUACCCCACCGUUUUCUAGUGGAAGUUUCGACUUCAUAAGAGACCCAUCGCGAAACAUGUUUCCACAGAGCAAAACUCUUCCCAAUUACCCCAGCAGCCCUGAUUCGCGCCCCGGACUGCCUUCAAGAUUCCCAGAAACUCCUCGUGCUAUGCGCCAUCCCAAGUAUGGAAGCAUGGGGCAAGAUGAACAGCGACCUCCUUCUGUCCCGAAUGUUCCCACAGACGACAGUCUUUUUCUUAGCAGUGCCCGCUAUCAAAGCGAUGCUGAUAGAAUCGGACGGUCCAUGUCCGUCCCGGUACCAGAAGGGCAGCGACACGCCAAUGCAAUCACGCUGUCCCCCGAUCUUCCCACGCAUCCUCGAUUUAAUCCAGCCCUUCCUCGCAGUCGAUCCAGUAGCCGAAAUCGUAACAUGGGUCACCGUCGUACCAGCUCAGGCGGCUAUACUGGCUCUCCGAAUCUCCAAGUGAGCAUCGAAGAAACCAUCGAGCAUGCCAUGCAGACAGGAGCUUCAGCACAUUACGAGGACACUUCGCGUCCACCUAUCAUGCUUCCCGAGCUCCAGCACCUCAACAAACCUCCUCCUCCUCCCCCUCCCCCUCCGCUCCUUGCAACGCCUUUUUCGCACCGCGAGUCCUCCGCAACGAUCGACAUCGCCGUCGACAACAAUGAGUUCGGUCGUCUUCUCCCUCGAGCCAUGACCGCUGCUCCAGCCCUGAAUGUUGGCAACGCAGACCGGCGUGCAGACCGGCGCAACUCAAUCAACGAAAGCUUCUCGAACAAGCUGCGCAACUUGACUCGUAUGCGCAGCAACAGUCGCAGCGUCGAGCCUGGGACGCAAAGCCGUGAGAUCGAGAUAGCUCCGUAUGAGAGCUUGCAGCCGCAUGUUGUUGGAUCAGAAUCCAACUACAUUCUACCAAGUCAAAGCUACAAUCCGCCAAAUCCAAACUUUCUUUAG